AUGUCUGACGAAUAUGAGGAAGUGCGAGCAGCCUUUAUUAAGGAAAUUGACGACAUUGCCUUGUCGAUACAUGAAAUGCAGAAAUAUGAUCAAGAAGUAUUUUUAAGAACACUUUGCUUAUUAUUCAAUUUUUGCCCUGCGGAUUUGCUAGAAAUACUCUUUAAAAGAGAUUCUAUUAUUAGAGAUAAGAUCGAAGUUAUUAUUGGUAAGGAAUUGUUAAAAAAUUUAUCCUUUGAUUUAAGAAUGGAGGCAAAAUUUAUUGCUUGGUGUUUCCAUAAAAAUGUUUCCUCUCAGAACAAUAAUAGCAGUAACAAUAUUGGGAAUUCAGAUGAUUUAAUUAUGUUUAUUUUACUUUCAAAGGGAUUACAAGCAUACUUUUGCUUUUACGAUGGGAAUUAUAGGAAAGCAAUGUGGUUUUCAAAAUGGUGUGUACAAUUCUUAUACUUUAUCAAAAAGUAUAACGUAAACAUUCAAGAAAAGUAUGAAUUUUUGAGUGAUGCAGAAAGAUUUUUUGCUAUAUUAUGUGCUAAAUGUGUAUCAAUUACAUUUUCAAGGAAAAGCUAUCAUUUACAACUUUACCAAGUAGCAAACCCAAAGAUUGAUGAAAAUUCAACCUUAAAGGCUUUAACAGUUUCAAUUUUAGAAAAUACAGAUCCUGAGAUAAUGACACAUUGUAAUGCCAGAGAUAAAUUAGUUCUCUGUAAUAUUUUUGACUCAUUGGCAUCAAUACAAUCAAAGCUUGCAAUUUUUGAAGGUUCUUUAAUUCAAUAUCAAAGUGAAGAAAACAUGUUUUAUGAGAUCGGUAUUAGAACAAGUAGAGAAUAUACUAAGGAAAUGAUUAGAAAGUAUAUUAUUUCAUCUACACUGAGACCUACAGGUGAUCCUAAUAUUAUUGAUCAAUUGAAUAAUAUUUUAGUUGGAUUGAUUUUGUACGGUGGCAUACAUGUGGAAAUUGUAACGGUAUUUCACAAUAUUCGUAACUAUUAUUGUGAAGUAUUCAAUGAGGAUCUUAAUAUAUUGUAUUCUCAUAGUGAAUAUAAUGAAUGUUUGAAAGGAAUUGAUAAAAUUGUUGAAGAAUGGGAAAAGAUAAAAUCGAUUUGUUUACCAAAGACAAUUCAAUUACCUCAAGUUCUACUACAAAAUCUGCAAAAUUCGAUAAUAAUUGUCGACCAUGUUUUAUCACCUACUUCAAAAGAACGUAAACAUGAGGUCAUCCAGUUUUUUAAAAGCCUCAAAUCAAAACUAAAACAUAAGUUCACUGAUAAAAUAUUCAUAGAAGAUGAAGAUUCAGAUAUUUUAUGGAACAUGGGUGUGGAAAUGAUAAAAUAUUGGGAAGAAUGUUAUUUAGAUAACGUGGGUCCUUUACCUAAUGAGGUGUCAUAUACUCUUCAUAAUUUUGUUUAA